CUUCGGUUUACAUUAGCUGGUUUUAAUAGAAUAAACACCUAUUCUUUCUCUCUCCUUCUUUCUAUUUUUUUAUUUCCCUCUCUUUUAAAUUCUACACCGUUUAAUUUUAUACAAUUCGCUUAUCAUCCUCUCCUUUCGUUUGCAAAUAAUCAUUACCUUCCUUUCCUUUCCUUUGAUCUUAUCAAUUUUUCUGUUAAACGAACUAUAAAGAAUGACUAAAGAUUCAACAACGGCUAAUAAUUUGAAGGAAGCAGUUACUGCAGAACCUCAGACAUUGCAACAGACAAUGAAGGCAGUGACAGAAGAUCAACAACCUCGCAAAAAACGUGCCAAAAUAUUGAGUGCAUGUAGUGAAUGCCGGCGCAAGAAAACAAAAUGUAACGGCGAGCAACCAUGCCGCAAUUGUCAAAAAUCAAAUGCAUCCUGCAUUUAUUCUACCGUGUCCUCUAAUAGUAGCAGCAAUAACACUAAUACAGCAACAAAUUCAACCCACAUAGCAUCCACUUCCGACGCCAACAAAGGAUUCUUCCAUCAUUACCAACAUAAUAAUAGUAGUGCUACUGGUAACACAUUAGCAGCAGCAGCAGCUUCAAGAGCGGCUUUAGCAUCCAUUGAAAGUCGGUUAAAAACCAUUGAAGAUAUGCUGCAAACGAUUAUUCAAAAUAGCCAUCAUUAUCAAUUGCCUAUGAUACGGGAGCCUCACCGAUAUCGAAACCAUCCACCAGAGAUUGUACAUUAUCAGUAUCCUUAUCAGGAACAACAUAACAAUACCAAUAGCGAUAGUUAUGAAGACAAGAAUAGACUUCCUUCAAUCCGUGAUUUAUCCUCGAGCAUCCCUACUACGACCACAACUACAACUACUGCGAAUACCAUCGCUUCCUAUCAAUCUCAAUACUCACCGCCUACUCAUUCGUCCUCCUCAUCACCACCUCUCCCAUCCCACGCGCAAUUAUCAGGCAGACCUCACCAUAAUAAUUCAAACUCAUCAUAUAAUGUGAAGGCUGCUUACAGUAACUUUGGUUGAAACUUGUUAGUUUUUUGUAAAAAAUCCAAAUCAGAUUUUUCUUCGAUGUUUUGUUCUUUCUUCCUUAUUGAGAACAAACUAAGAAAAAUAAAUUGAGACUAUGCCAUAAGAAAAAUAGACCUUUUCUUUUAAACCUUUUCUUUUAAAUCUAUGGACUACAUUAAGUAUUUUACUGAAACCGAGCUUUUAUUUCAAGCGUAAGGUGAGAUGGAAAUCGAUAGCUUGUGUAUUGAUUUUGUCAAAUUGAAAAAUCGCUUUCACCUACCCAAUCGAUG